UUAGUCCGUCUUUAGACUCGAAACGAUUAGCACGUUUUUUGGCAAUGUUACGGAAAUUCUUAAUUCUGGCCCUAUUGGCCAUUACAACAAGUGCUCUGAACUUACCCGGUGUACCAGUUGAGUUUACCGAAGAUGAUGCAGUUAUUUCGGCUAUUUCGGAUGAAAUUGCAAACAAAUAUGCCGAUGAAUUUAUGAAAUACAUGGAGACAGGCAUUGAAUCUGCCAGUAUGAAACAAAUUUCCACCCAAUUGGGGAGAUCAUAUAAAAAAGAAAUCUUCACCACCAGUCCCAAUGAAUUGAGUAGCAUCAAUCAGUUUGUCGCCUGUACCACCUGUCGUGCCGUUGCCAAUGUUGUGGCACGUACCUUCCGUUCCAGUGAGGGUGAACUUAAUGGUCCAAAUGCCGAAGCUGAUACCAAAAAGGUCUUACUCAUUUUGUGUGAUAAAUUGAGAAUACAAACCGAAGAAGUUUGUUCGGGUCUCUUUGAUUUGUACUGGGACAUUGUCCACCAUAUUGUUAUGAAUACAGGUGGUGAUGCUCGUUCCAUGUGUGGCAUGUUACCCAUUAGUUUUUGUCAAAUCGAAAGCAAAGACUAUAACUGGAGUGUCGAAGUUGAUGCCACCAAGGGACCAAUGACAGCACCCAAAUCGAGCGUACCCAAAAAGACCGAUAAAGAUUUGACCGUUGUUCAAAUAACCGAUAUCCAUUACGAUCCAGAUUAUAAGGUCGAUUCGCUGGCCGAUUGUGAGGAACCUUUGUGUUGUCGUGUAACACCAGCAAGUGGCAUUUCCGAUGAAGCUAAAGCUGGUUAUUGGAGUGAUUACCGUGGCUGUGACUCACCUUUGUAUAUGGUCGAGGAUGCCUUCGAUAAUGUCAAGAAAAAUCAUCCAAAAAUUGACUAUAUCUAUCAAACUGGUGAUAUUGUUCCACACAAUGUUUGGUCCACAACCAAGGAGAGCAACAAGGCAAUGUUAACGGAAAUUAAUGAUUUGAUUUCAAAGAAAUUCCCAGAUGUUCCAGUAUAUUCCAUUGUGGGUAAUCAUGAACCGCAUCCAACCAAUGUUUUUGGCCAUGAAAACGUUCCAUCUGAGAUGAGUGUCAGUUGGUUGUAUGAACACUUGUGGAACAUUUGGAAACGUUGGCUGCCAGAGGAAGCUAAGGAAACUGUUCUAAAGGGUGGCUACUAUACGGUAUCACCUCAACCUGGCUUACGCGUCAUUGCGCUGAACAACAACGAUUGUUAUUUGUUCAACUUUUGGGUCUUCUAUGAUGGUAAGGGCACAUCACAACCUCAAUUGGACUGGCUACACAAAACACUAUUGACUGCCGAAAAAGCUGGGGAAAAAGUUCACAUUUUGGCUCACAUUCCUUCGGGCAGUUCAGACUGUUGGUCUGUUUGGGCACGUGAAUAUAAUCGCAUUAUUGAGCGUUUCAGUGACACCAUCAGCGCCAUCUUCAAUGGUCACACUCACAAGGAUGAAAUGAUUUUGCAUUAUUCCGAAAAUGGUCACCCCAUGGCCAUUUCCUGGAACGGUGGUAGUUUGACUUCAUACUCGGACAAGAAUCCCAAUUACAGGUCCUAUGAAGUAGAACCAGCUACAUAUCAAGUUGUUGAUCACUCCACGUACAUUUUCAAUUUGACCGAGGCCAAUGAACAUGGCGAUCAUCGCGCCCCAGUGUGGUUCAAAGAAUAUCAAUUCACCGAUUUUACCAAUGACUUGAGUCCUGCCGGUAUUGAUGCCUUAUUUGAAAAAAUGUCCGAAAAUCCAGAGGUUUUGCGCAAGUACUGGCAAUACAAAGUAACUUCGGCUGAUCCCAAAAUACAAAAAGGUUGCGAUAAAAAAUGUAUGUUAAGUACAAUGUGCUCCUUGGUAACCUCUGAAUAUGGCGAGAACAAACGAUGCAAGGAAUUGAAAGCAAAAUUAUCCGAUUCUUUGGACAAUGAAAAACCCACCGAAGCUCCUACAACCACAUCUGCUCCUGAAACCACAAAGGCUCCUGGUGGAGAUGGUGCUGCCUCUCUAACAGCUUCCAUUACCUCAAUUGUUGCUCUGCUCUAUGUUAUUAAACAAAUACUGUUGUAAGAUAUACUAAUAAAUUAUUUAAAAAUAAAUAGAA